GUGCACGCAGGCGCUUCUGGGGCCAAGAAGGGGCUUCGUUCCUUGUUUAUCGCUCCCCCUUUCAGCAGCCCGACUGUAGAGGCCGCUCGCCGGAGGUCACUCCUCGCCCAUGGCCGCUCUCGCGUGCAGCCGGGGUGCCGGCCCCCUCGGCUCGCAUCCUCCCCCGUCGGAGGAGGAGGGAGCGAGUCCACCGCCGCCGGCAGAGCCGCCUCCGACGAGGAGGUCCGCGAGGCCUCCCUGGGCCCCGGGCCGGUGGCACCACACCGCUACGACUGCCUCUCGCUCGCCCACUGGCCACGUCGGUGGCGGUCUCGCCCCUCCUCGCUCUCAGCCCGGGGGGGCCGGAUUCGCUGAACUGGAGCACAACUGAGACGACAGACAAUCGGGGGUGGGCAGAACCCCCACCCUGACACGUCGAUUCGUGAAUUGUCCGUUUUCGGUUCUCGAGAGGGCGCCGCGGCCGUCAUUUUCCAGGCUUGCGCCCGCGAGGUUUGGGCCCGAGGUCGUUUUCUCUAAACCACGUUUUGCUGAAGGGGGUUCUGUCCAUCCCCGACGGGGGCUGCCAGAUUCGCUGAACUGGAGCACAACUUAUACGACAGACAAGCGCACGAGUUUGUUCCCAGAAAUCUGUUUUUUUCCGCACGGGCCGGCUUUUCGCCCCCUGAGCUUUUUUCGGGCUGUCCCAGGGCCCGACGCGGCAUCCCAGAGGCGCAGUACGACGAGCAGCCUAUGCUUUUGUUCCUUCUUCCAGCGGCAGCCACGCGCAGAAGGGGGGCUGGGGGGAGGGGGGAGGGCUUCUUAGAAGCACCCCUUCCUUAGCUGCCUCGAUACGC